AUGGCGGACAAUGGCCCUCCCAACCCACAAUUCCUCGCGCCUCCUGCUGUGACCGCGUUGCGACAGGAGGCUCGGAACAUCAACCCGAAAAUGAUAAGAACCUUGAGUGAGAAUAUACGGGAAGAACGGGAGGACCUCAAGGAAGCUGCGGAACAGACAUUGAAUAUCAUCGUGGAUUUGGAUCUUGAAGGACGAAUCAAAUGGGUGAGCCCAUCGUGGCGGCAAGUCGUUGGCUCGGCUCCUGAGUCUGUCGAAGGUCGUAUGAUAUCGGACUUGCUUCUCGGAAACAAGAAUGUAUUUCGGGAUGCGAUUGAAGCGAUGAAAGAGGACGACACGCGUAGUCGAUUCAUCCGUUUUACAGUGCAGAUGGGGCCGGACUCCGUUCUGAAGUACGCGCCGGAGCCGCGACCAACUGAAAUGGAAGAGGAGACGCACGAAGCCAUCACCGAAGAGACGACAGAACCCUCGCAGGCCGAAGGUGAACAGUGCAACGAUGUGCUUACCAUGGAAGGGCAAGGUAUUAUGGUUUAUGAACGCGAUGAGGAUGGACAUUCGAUGUGGAUGUUGCGGCCCUUUACCAAACCCAGAGAAGUCACAAUCGAUCUUCCACCUCUCCUAGUGGAGUCGCUGGGCGUGGGUGCUGAGGUACUCGCGAACUACUUGACUACAUUGGCCGAGGCCGCUGCGAACGAACCCGACCCUUCGAAACACCCUGCACCUACCCCGGUACUAUGUCGCAUUUGCGAACGCCAGAUUACACCCUGGUGGUUCGAAAAACACUCGGAUCUCUGCCUCCAGGAACACCGAGCCGAAAUGGAUGUCCAAAUCGCCCAGGAGAACCUCAAUGAACAUCGACACACCAUUGUGAAAGUGCUGGACGCCUUGGAGGCUCGACAAGGAAGACCCUUGAUCACUCCUGAGGGAAAUGUAGCCACGCUUCCCCAGCCAGAAUAUAAAGGCUUGCCUAUUGGUCCGUCUCCUGCUAGUUCAUCUCCAUCUUCAGCCCCCGUGUCUACCGGAAACUCUGCGCCAGGCACUCCGCCUCGUUCUAGAGACCACUCGGCCUCGGGUCUUCCUGCGACGGGCCGCGCCCGCUCAUUCACUGUACGGCGACCACUGGCACGCAUCGUGGAGCUGGUGCUUGACCUCUGUGAUACUUCCCUAGAAAUCAGCAUGCCGAUGGUCAAGGAGGCAUCUCGUGCAGAACACCCGGAAGAGUUUCGAACACUUUCUCCGCAGUCUGAAUCUCGAAUCUCGCAAGUCAUCCAGUGGCAAUCACCAAGCUCCAAUACUCUCGAACAGGAACAGGGUCUCGCUGCUCUGGCAGGCGACACGGAGCAACUUGCAAAGAGCAAAGUUGAUGCUGUCGUUCGUCAUCGUAAGAUUGUUGAGUACGCGGAGAGGAUCCGUAUCGAAUAUACUGUUCUUGUAGAGGAGUGCAUUACAGCUGCGCUGAGCAAGGCAGAGCGGAUAGCCGCUGGCCAGCUCAGCGAUUCCUCAUGCUCCUCUGAUGAUGAGAUCUUGGAAGAUACCCCCGAACAGAACUUCAAUGACUACAAUAUGGUUCCAGUGCCUAUGAGCAGUGAUGACUCUUUGGUACCCGAUCCUUCUAGCCAGGAAUCAUUGCCAUCCCCGGCACGCCAGACAAUACCCACCCCACUCAGGUCAACGACAUCUGCACUUACGCUGUCCAUGCGUAACUCACCUGAUCGCUCACUGCUCGGGCAGCAGCAGCAACAACAUCAACAGACAGAUGGCAGACCUUCAUCCUCAUCUCUUGCCGUCUCUACGGGAUCUAACAGCCCUAUGGAAUGCCCUACUCCUCGGUCUUAUAAAAGUGCCGCUGGACUGCUUGGAACUUCACAAUCUAGCCGCAGGGGUUUCUCACUUGCAGAUAUUGAUCCCGGAGAUAGCAGUGACAGUAGCAUGCCAUCCUCAGUCUUCCCGGGGGCCAUGCGAACUGAUUCCCCAUUGUCUGAACGAAGCUUCGAUCGGAAGAGGAGAAGCCUGGUGCUUCCCGGGCUGUCUAGUUCCCCCCGUCGGCAGCCAUCUCCCGCGCGUGUAUCUGGUCCGCACUCCCCAUUACGCAUGCCCAAGCCCCGGCAUUCCUAUGGGGCAGAAAGCUUACCAUCGCCGGUAGUAUCCCCAUCAACCUACGCUAGCGAAUUGGCUCAUCACUGCCACCAUCAUCGUCGCCAGUCAUCAGCCAACUCUUCCGACGUGGCGAAACCACCCCCUUCGCCGCGUCUGCCGUCAGUCAGCCAGCAGCCUCGACCUGCGCCGCCUUCGAUCAAAGAUUUUGAGAUCAUCAAACCGAUUAGCAAGGGUGCGUUUGGCAGUGUUUACUUGUCUAAGAAGAAAUCUACAGGCGAGUACUAUGCCAUCAAGGUUCUGAAGAAAGCAGACAUGAUUGCCAAGAACCAGGUAACCAAUGUCAAAGCUGAACGAGCCAUCAUGAUGUGGCAAGGAGAAAGCGACUUUGUUGCCAAGCUUUAUUGGACAUUUUCCAGCAAAGAGUAUCUCUACCUGGUUAUGGAGUACUUGAAUGGAGGUGACUGUGCUUCCCUUGUCAAGGUUCUUGGUGGUCUCCCCGAGGAUUGGGCUAAAAAAUACGUUGCCGAAGUGGUUCUCGGAGUUGAGCAUCUGCAUAACCGAGGAAUUGUGCAUCGUGAUCUAAAGCCAGACAAUCUUCUCAUUGACCAUAGCGGCCACCUCAAGUUGACUGAUUUUGGUUUAUCUCGAAUGGGCUUGGUAGGUCGCCAGAAGCGCGUUUUAAAGAGCCCGAAUGAGCCCGCUCCGGACUUAUUGAAACAAGGACCGUUCCCUCGUGCCAUAUCGAUUGCUUCAUCACGAUCGGCCUCCUUUGAUUUCCAAGCUAGCUCCCCUGGCUCUACGCCGCUGAUGACUCCUGACAAUCCCGUUGGCGCACCUCAACCGUCUUAUUUCAGUCUAAAUCAGACAAAUCUGAAUCAGACCGGCCUCAGUCGCCAGACCUCUCGGAGAGCUUCUGGAUAUCGCAGUGAUAGUGCUGGCAGUGACAGCUUGAAUGGAAUGUUCCGAACGUUCUCACUUAACGACAAUGGAAAUGAACCAACUGCCCCAUCACCAAGCAUCGUCGCUAGCAGUUUAGCCGAGGAAGAGCCCCCGAGCGAAACAGACGACUCGCCACAUCUCUAUCCAUUGCAGCAAACGUUUAGCAACCCUGCGCACAGCACUCCUCCACAGCAAAGCAUGCUUCCGCCUGUCAUGGCACUUUUCGACCCUGAAGAUCAUGACCGACGUUUUGUUGGUACGCCGGAUUAUCUGGCACCAGAAACAAUUAAUGUGAUUGGUGGUCACUGGGCUGCAUUAUGUUUGAAUUCAUUUUUGGUUACCCCCCCUUUCAAUGCUGCGACUCCCGAUGAAGUGUUCGAGAAUAUCUUGCAUCGCAGGAUCAACUGGCCAGAUGACCCAGAGGAGUACACCACACCGGAAUCAUUGGAUCUUAUGAACAAGCUCAUGACCCUCAAUCCUCGCGAGCGCAUUGGAGCCAAUGUGGAAGAAAAGUACCCCAAUGGUGGCGCGGAGAUUCGUGCUCAUCCUUGGUUCUCUGAUAUCGUUUGGGAUACUCUACUAGAAGAUAAGGCGGAAUUUGUCCCCAAUCUUGAGAACCCUGAAGAUACUGAAUACUUUGAUGCUCGUGGAGCUACUCUUCAAGCAUUUGCCGAGGAGAUGGAAGAUGAUGAGCAGUCCCCUCACCCGGUUCCUGCAUCAGAAUCCUAUCCAGAUCGACCCCAUGAUGCUUUGUUUAAGGUUCGGUCUCAGGUGAAUUCAAUGAAACGUCCAUUGAUGCCACUGCAUAUUCCUCCCCACGUCCGUGACGCUCGCGAUUCUCGCAGCCGAAGAUUGAGUGAGCCAGCACUGGCUGAUGACUUUGGAAGUUUCAACUUCAAGAACUUGCCGAUGUUGGAAAAAGCCAACAAGGACGUCAUUCAAAAGAUGCGUCAGGAGGCUAUGCAAACCCAGCAUCGUCAAUCAAGCUCUUCCUCUUCUGGCCAAACACCAUUGACCGCUUCCCAGCCUUCUCUGGACGGAAGCCCACUCCCAAUGUCCCUCCAGCGUACUAUGUCUCAGACCAAGGGCAGCAACCGGCCAUCGUCUCCAUCCAGUUUGAGUCAAGCCAACUCAUCUCCCAGUCGGCCAUCUCAACCAUCGUCUCCACUCUUGGUUCAGUUUAGCACUGGUAGCAACCAUGAACGACGCAAAACAUCUGGGUCCUCAUCCACUGCAUCGCACCAGUCCAGCGGCACUUUCCAACCCUCAUCUGUUGAGCAAAACCGCAUGCCCAAUCUUCGGCUCGGAUCAGUGGCAUCUUCUCCUGUGAAAGCCAACCGAAUCCCCGCCCAUUCUCCGGACAAGCAUCCAUCCAUGCAGCGUCAAGGUAGUGCCCCCGCUAGUCGGGCUCGGUCUCACACUAUAGGGUCUCAAGAUGGCGAUCUGUCCUCAUUCCCCAAGGAGACGUUCAUACCCUCUCACCACAAACGCCGAAGCCAGCUCUUUGACAUUUCACCAUCCUCGUCAGAUAAUGAGGACCCACGUACCAAAGCUCUGCUCAAGGUCCAGCGGCGCCGACAAAGCUCUCGUCGUCAUUCUCAAUUCAAUAUUCAGGAUGGACCUUUCUUUAGGCCGCUGGAUAUCCUCAUUUGCGAGGACCACCCUGUCUCACGACUGGUAAUGGAGCGCCUCUUUGAAAAGCUUCGCUGUCGCACUAUAACAGUGACGAACGGCGCGGAAGCUGCACGCUAUGCCCUUGGUGAUAUCCAGUUCGAUAUUAUCAUGACAGAGUACAAGUUGCCACAGGUGAACGGCGCCGAUCUUGCUCGCAUGAUACGAGAGACUCGCAGUGCCAACAGAAACACUCCCAUCGUUGCUGUCACUGGCUACCUGAAAGAUCUGCCCGAGAUGCAUCAUUUCAAUAGUCUGGUGCAAAAGCCUCUAACUUUGUCAAAAAUCACCGAGACGCUGUGCAAGUACUGCGCGUGGAAGCCGCCUCCAAAGGAUUAUGACCCAUCUCAACCUCUUCCGCUACCAAUGCCGAGCGUACGGCCUUCGCAGCUUCCAACCGACGAUAACAGCCCCAGCUCGACAUCAUCUGGAUUUGUGCCAAACCCUCCCAGCUCAUACCGUGGAUCAAGUCGUGAAGAUUCAAUGAGUAGUAGCGUGUUUGGAGACAUGGAGUCUAUCAAGCCAGAAGAGGUUCCAGUCAUCAUCCGUCGCAACCAUGACGAGUGGGACCAGAGUGGACUGGGAAUCUCUGAGGAUGCACACCCAGGCAGUCCCGAACCCAAAGCAGUACCUGUUCCACAGUUGCUUCAUGCGGUCUCAGCCCCAGCAGCUGUAGACGGAAGUGGAGGCCUAACACCUCGCAAGCAACGGUCUAGCGAAGCCAUUCAAGCCAAGCGGGAAUCCCUGGAGCGGAAACGGUAUGAAGGCGCUGAGUCCGGAGACGACGAAGAUGAAGAGCUUGGGAAUUCCCAAGCCCGCAAAAGUCCGCCUGGUCGUAGCCGUCGCCCCGGGUCAAAGCUAGGCAUUGAGAUGAUGCGCACCAAUAGCCGUGGCAGCGUAGUCAGUGGCAGUGAAGAGCUUCUCAAGAAAGAACGAGAGGCCUUGCGCCGCCGAAGCGGAGAGUAUAUCGACACCGACACUGACGAUGGCCCUCUGGGAUCUCCUGUUAGUACUAGCCUCGAGGAAAGAUUCGAAGGGCUCAGUAUCCCAGAAGAAUCAGAGGCUGAGGAGGCACUGAGCAUUGAAGACUCGCCUCCACUUGAUGGAUCCAAAAGCUCUCGGCGUCGGCCAUCGCUUGCCCACCACAACACUGAGAUCUACAGUGGACCUCCCCCUACCUCUCACGCUGCUUUCAACGGUUCCGAACGUGCUGCCAAGCCUGGCCCGUCCACUCCCCGGGAGAUGAGCGGCAACAGUUCACCCAUCACUCCAGAGAUCAACGUUGGAGCUGAGUCCUCUGGUGCAGAUACCGACGGCAAGCCCAUGUCUGACUCUGAAGCCACCCCGCGCCCUCAGCAACCUUCUCCGAGCCUAGAUGCCGAGGAGACGCCUCGCCCUCCUGAGCGGUACCGAUCUGACAUAUCUACUGCAUUUAAGAGAUGA